CACAAUGAACAGAGGUAGAGGUGGUUUUUCUUCCCGCGGGGGUCCAUCCCGUGGUGGCUUCAGCAGAGGCGGCCGUACCGGUCCAUCCAACUUCCAAUCCGGCCCACCUGACGCUGUCUUCGAGAUGGGUUCCUUCAUGCACGCGUGUGAGGGUGACAUUGUCUGUCGCUCGAUCAAUGUCAAGGUUCCAUACUUCAACGCCCCAAUUUACUUGGAAAACAAGACUCAGGUCGGUAAGGUUGACGAAAUUUUGGGUCCAUUGAACGAGAUCUUCUUCACCGUCAAGCCAAGUGAGGGUGUCCAAGCUGCCUCCUUCAAGGACGGUGACAAAUUCUACAUUGCUGCCGAUAAGUUGUUGCCAUUGGACAGAUUCUUGCCUAAGCCAAAGGACUACGGUCCAAAGCCACCAAAGAAGAAGGGCGGUGCCAGAGGUGGUGCCCGCGGUGGCUUCGGCGACAGAGGUGGCCGUGGUGGUGCCAGAGGUGGCUUCGGUGCCCGUGGCGGUGCCCGUAGUGGUUUCGGUGACAGAGGUGGCCGUGGUGGUGCCAGAGGUGGCUUCGGUGCCCGUGGUGGUUCCAGAGGUGGCUUCGGUGGUGACAGAGGUGGCUCCCGUGGUGGUUUCGGUGGCAGAGGUGGCUUUGGUGGUGAUAGAGGUGGCUUUGGUGGUGAUAGAGGUGGCUCCCGUGGUGGUAGAGGUGGUCGUUUCUAAGU